AUGACGGAAUGUUUUUCAGCUCGUUGUCAACAAGAUCGAAAGUUAGUUCGACGAGAAUUUAAUAAAUGGACAAAAAAUUUAUUAUUUCAAAUUGGUUUGGAAACAAUAACAAAAAAUCAUUUCGAUUUUGAUGUUAAUGUAUUUAAUCAAACAGAUGAUGAACGAAUACCAAUUGAUUUUAAUCCUGAACAAGAAUGUUUAUUUUGUAUUAAUCGACAAGAAUAUCUUAAUAAUAAAAAAAUAAAUAAUCAAAUCAAUGAACAUCAUCAUCCAAUAACAGAAACAAUUAUUGAUGAUGAUGAAAAUGCACCAUUAGAUUUAAGUUUAAAAUCAUCAACAAAUAAUUUGUCAUUAAUUACAUCAAAUAGUCGAACAAAUAUCAAACAUCGACCAUUGUUUGAUAUGAAGUCAGAUAUACCAACAAUGUAUGGUCAAGAAGAACUUGAUCGUUUUAUGUCUGACAUGAUUGCUAGUCAACUAGAUUUUUCAUCUCAAUCAUUUUUAAAUAUGAAUCUCUUUCCAACAUCACCAACUAUUCCUCUACAUUAUUCUCAAACAAAUAAAAAAUCUUCGACAUCUUUACAAGAUACUCGUAUUGCUCAGUUAGCUAAACAAAUGGCAUAUGAACGAAUGUUACAAGAAAUUGAUUAUCAACGUUAUUCAUCAACUAAUAAAAAAUCAAAAAUUUCAAAUAAUCUAACAUCAUCAUCAUCAUCAUCAUCUAUUCUUACAGAAUCAAUUCAUGUUAAUCAUAUACUUAAUGAUGUUAUGAUGCGUAUAUUACAUGAAAUGUUUGAAAAACAACAAACAUCAUCUGUAUCACAACCAAGAGCAUCACGUAAAGGUGAAUUAUUAUUUGUUAAAAAACAAAAUGUUAAUAAUGAUGAACAAUAUAAUACAAAUAUUUUUAAUCAUUUUAAUAAUAAUUAUAAUAUAAAACAACAACAACAGCAUAAGCACAAUAAUAAAGUAAAUCCUUCGUCCUCAAGUUCAUCAUCAACAUCAAGUGUAUCAUCAACUCGUUCAUCAUCUAUUCAUAUAAAAAAUAAACAUAAAACAAAAUUAAAUCAAUCAACAAAUUAUAUACCUAAAGGACGAUCAAAUGAAAUAAUCAAUAAUAAUAAUAAUAAUAAUAAUAAUAAAGUUAUGAUUGGUACAGAUGGUAAACAAAUCCGUCCAAAACGUGGUCAAUAUCGUCGUUAUGAAUCUGAACAAUUAGCUAAAGCAGUAGCAGCUGUUUUAAGUAAUGAAAUGUCCGUACAUAAAGCUGGUUCAUUUUUUGGUGUACCACAUUCAACAUUGGAAUAUAAAGUCAAAGAACGAAAUAUUAAAGCAUCAUCAACAACAAAAAGUAAAAAUGAAUCUACAUCAUCAAUAUCUAUCAAUGAUAAUGAUAAUAAUAAUAAUAAUAUACAUCAUGGUGAAAACAAUGAUGAUGAUGAUGAUGAUAAUAAAUCAUCGAAAGAACUUACUACUUGUCUUCCUCCAUCGAACAGUAGUACAAAUAAUGAUCAUCAAGAUACUAUUGAUGAUGAAAAUGAAUCAAAUGAUGAUGAUGAUAAUGAUCUUGAAGAAUAA